AUGGCCAGGGGCCAGGCCGCUGCGGCCACGGCCACGGCCGUGAGCGGCGGGAGGCAGGCGCUGCUGCUGCUGCUGCGGCCACGCGGGGCGGACGGCGCCCGCCCGCCUGCCGCCGCCGCUGCCGCCUCACGUGACCGCCGCGCGCCCCCCUGCGCCGCGCGCCGCUGCCUCGGCGACUGGCAGCGCGCGGCCGUUACGGCCGUUGGCGGCGGCGCGGCCCGCCGAGGGCAGCGCGGGCCGCACGGCGAGCGCGAUGUGAGCAUCUCUGCAUCAUCAUCUCUACAAAGCAAGGGGAAAUUUUCCUUAUUAGGAAAUAGGAAGCUUUUUUUUGACACUCACGCACUCGUGUGCCUUUUGGAAGAAAAUGGGUUCACUACUCGGCAGUCGGAGGUCAUCGUUUCUGCCUUAGUGAAAAUUACGAACACCAACCUGGAUAUGAUUUACAAGGACAUGGUCACCAAAGUACAACAGGAGAUUGCUCUUCAACAGAUAAUGUCCCAUAUUGGUGGGGUGAAGAAGGAUAUGAUUAUUCUGGAAAAAAGUGAAUUUUCAGCACUGCGUUCAGAAAAUGAGAAAAUAAAACUUGAACUCCUGCAGAUAAAGAAGCAAGUCAUGGAUGAAAUAACUAAAGUUCGUGCAGAUAACAAGUUAAACCUCAACCUAGAGAAGAGCAGAGUAAAAGAACUGUAUUCACUUAAUGAAAGAAAACUACUUGAAAUGAGGACAGAAAUAGUGGAAUUGCAUGCACAGCAAGAUCGAGCUCUAACUCAGACAGACAGAAAAAUAGACACAGAAGUUGCAGGUCUAAAGACAAUGCUAGAAUCGCACAAACUGGACAAUAUUAAGUACUUAGCAGGUUCAGUAUUUACAUGCCUUACUGUAGCACUGGGAUUUUAUCGUUUGUGGAUGUAACACAGCGUCAUUUUGGACUUGUACUGUCUUGCUUUCUGAAAACCUAGAAGGUUUUAUCUCUGCCCUGAAUUUCACCGCAUCUUUACUGUUUUAUUUAUUUUUUUGUAAAGCAGACUGUGUUGAGAAUGUAACCAAAGAUGUGCCUGGAAACAAACUGUACAUACAUCUUACAUCUUUUGAAAUUUACCUCUGAUUGAAGCAUGGUAUAUGCAUUUCUGCUAACUUCUUCCCUGCUGAACUGGUGCACAGCUUGCUAUUACAAAGUGUCAUUUCAGUAAAGACUGGCAUACAUACCAGUUGUAUGGGGCUGCAUGAGGUAGAGAAGAAUCUACUUGGAAUUAUGCUCCAGAGUCUAUUCAGAUAUGCUUGCCAGAGUCAGUUGCAUGUGUCAGAAUGGAAUCUUGAUUCUUAAUGUAAAAGCAAAACUACACUUUCUGUGGCUUGGAAGCACUCUUGUGUAAGUAGGAUUUGUGUUAACUGCAUCAUGCUUACUUCUGUCCUUCUGACACUUGUUCAUGUACUUACUGUGAUCAAACUUUUUUUUGUUAUUUUUGUAACGUUACAGUCAUUUUGUUUUCCAGAUGACCGUCCAAUCAAUCAUGUUUCAUGAAAAAGUACUGUGUAAUGAUAGCAGUGCUUACUGCUAUGUUUUGUUUGUAGUAUAUUUGUAGAGUUCUUGGUAACUUACCUUUGGUACAUGUAAGUAUCUAAAACUCAUUCCAUAUGCUGGUUGUUAACUUUACCACUAUAAGUAGAAGAAAAGUUUGAAUGCAGUACAAUGUAUAGUUAAAUGAUGCAAAGUAUCUCUGCUGCUUUCCUCAUUAGAAGCAUCAAUUCCUUUCCAUCAAGAAAGAAAUUUUAACUGGUGGUUUUGAAGCAGUGUCAUAGAUCAGGGAACAGCUAUACUGACAGUCUUCUGAUUUUUUUUAAGUGUGUAUAUAAUGUAUAUGUGUAUAUAUAUAUGUGUAUAUAUAUAUUAUAUACAUAUAUAUAUAUGUAUGUAUCUCCCCUUGGUCCUUCAAAUGUGGAACUUCAUUAGUGAUUAUAAAGAUGAAAGCAGUAGUGGAGACCUGCAAGUAUGCUUAAUCUGGUUCUGAACAACCCAUGAACAGGUUAAAGCAGCUUAUAGCAAUGGAGGAAAAUGUCCAGUGUGUCCAGAAAUUUAUCACUCUUCCACUGAUGAAAUGACUGCUUUGAUAAGAGCUACCAUCUGUGCUUCUUCAGUUAAGGGAAAUUUCUUCUUCUUACCUACUCUUACAUGAAGAGAGUAAUCUAUGCAGUGGUAAUAAAUGCUGUUAGAGCACACUCCUGGCUUUGCUUAAUCACAGCAAAGCUGUAUGGCUACUUUAUGACUGUACUGUAAUGACCAUAUAACUUUUUAAUGGAUGGGAGUGCCAUCUUCGAUUAUGUGCAAGUCAGGAGGAGGUGGUGGAUACCUGUAACAAUUCUAGACUGGCCUGAAAUAAAGAAUUUUUGAUGUUUCUAUAAAAUAUACUGAGUUUUCAUUAUAAAAUGCAACUUUUAAAAAAGUAUUUUGAAUUUAAUCUUUUUAAGGCAAAUCACUGCUAAGAGGACUUUUUUAACUAAGAAUUAGUAGGUGAACGACCACUCUAACACUAAAAAGGAAAGAACUUUUAAUAAGCAGUAUCAGCUAUUACUGCAAAAUAAUCAUUUCUAACCAAACAGCCUCUCUAAAAUGAAUGAAUCUAUUCAGAAUCAUCAAGGGUUUCUUUAAGUUUAAAAAAUUUUCUUGUACUAACUUAUAGUACUUGAUACAUUUUUCAAGUAGAGAGGCUUUAAUUUAAUGUUUGGAAUGGUCUUGGUGUCAGUUCCCAUCUUCUUGGGACAGGUAGUUCUAUAUAGUCUGUGUAAUCAGUAUUUCUUUGCCUGUAUGCCUGAACAUGUGAUAAAUACUUGCUAAAAUACUUCUUUAGAACUGAUUUUAAAUAUAGGGUGCAUUCUGCUAAAAAUAGAUGUUCUACAAAUAGAUUUCUUUGGGGGACUGGUAGAAGGAGAAAGUGUAAGAAUAUAGAAUGGCAUUGUCCUGGAAGCAGGAAAGUGUCCAAAAAAAACCCCAACAUCUUUUGGUGACCACUCCAAACAAGGAAUAAAGUUAAUAUGGCAUAAAUGGAAAGGACAAUAUAAAUAAAAAAGCUGUAAUUACCAA